AUGCGUCGGGACCUACCCCCUUCCCAACGGGACGGUGGGGUGGAGCGGAGCCCUCUAGCCUGCCCGCAUCGCCCGCCCUCGUCCAUCUGUCUGGGAAGCAAGAGCGUGGGCUCCCAGGCCAGCACGGGAACGCACCCCGGGGAGCAGAUGCUAACCGGGGGCAACCCCGACGCCGGCGGGCGCAGCCGGGUCCCUCGCAGGAGUCUCCCAAGGGCGAGCUCAGGCCCCUCGGCAGGUGCCACAGUCGCGCCGCCGCCCCGCGGUCAGAGCGGCCGGAAGCCCCGACGGGGAGGCGCGGGGGGGAGGGUUGGGGGGGGCCCGGCGCCCCCACGCACGGCCCCGCACGGCCCCGCCCCGCCCCGCCCCGCCGCCCUGUCCGCGGAGCCCGUCCUGCCGCGUUUCCGGCUCGCGGAAGCCGCCGAGGCUCGCGGUGGGCGCCGCCGGCACCAGGCGCGGGGACCCGGGCGCACCGCGCAGGCGCUGAGCCAGCCCCGAGCCCGCGCCCGAGCCGAGCCCGAGCCCCAGCGGCCGCCCCCACCAUUUUGCCCCAGGAUCUUCGCCGCCUCCACCAACCACGGAAAGACAGAGAAGGCCGCCAGGAUGCGCGAGCCAGAGGCGGGCUUGCCCACAGGCCCCGGGCGGAGGCGGAGGCCGACCGUGGGCGUUGGUAGCUGGACAAGGGCUGAGCCUGGGCCCCAGCAUGUGCGGCCCCGGAGUGCCCAGGAGACACCGUCGACUUGGCUCAGGUUAUGCUUCCGUGCCCAGCUCAUGCCUCAGCCACUGACUGCCUUCGGGCCAGGCGUCCAGCAGGGUGUGCAGCCUCUGAUGUCCGGGGAGAGGAGGACGCCUGGUAUCAAAUAUGACGUGCCCAGGGCCCGUUCCCCACGGGGGCCUGAGGAUGAGGUGCCUGCCUGCGGAAGCUCUGAAAGGAGGCCAGGCAGUGUGACUGACAACACUAGUCAACAACAACAACAACAACAACAACCAGACCCUAAACCAGGAGAACUCAGUUGGAAGACAGGCCGGUAG